UCACAUUUACUGUAUUUUUUUUUAAUCGAUAUUUUUAAAGGGUCUUUUAUUAGGUCGUGUUCGCGGCAAAAAAUUAAGCAAUUUUGUAUUGAUGUUUAUUUUUCCGAAAAUAAAGAGGUAUAUUUGGGUCAUAUCUGGUCGUUUAUCGAAUUUGCUGUUUGAUAAGUGCAAGGCAUGGGCUCGAAUAGUUUCCUAAAAUCGAAAUCCGUUUACCGAACGAAGAGUGGUUCCAGCGGUGGUUCUGAUAAAGACAUGAACGGGAAACUUAAACGGUCAAAAAUCAGGCGGCCUGUGAAGAUGAACGACUAUGGGAUGAAGAGGAUUCCGGAUUACACUGAAUUGGCCUACAAAGAAGCGGUAUCGAAGCUGAGAUAUUUUUUAUCGGGGAACGCACCGAGCGUACGUAGCUAUGGAGGAUCGGCAUCUAUUAAGAACCUCGACGAAUCUGACGGAGACCUCGACAAGAAGUACUCUACAUCCUACAAUACUCUCUCAGAGUACAAACCGCGGCCAAGACUCACCGCCAAGUAUGCUACACUGUACGCCGACAGCCUGCACAACUAUAAUACGCCACCACAACCUACCAUUACUACCACUGCGCCACCACAACCCGCGGCGGGGGAUCUAUCGGGCGGCACCAACCCUGAUGUCAUCAACUUCAUACAGAAGCAAGAAGAGUAUAUCGAGCAGCUCGAACGCGAGAGUCAGUAUUGCAGGGACGAACUCAACAACCUCCUCGGUAAAGUCAAAGAGGUAAUAUCAGAGAACGAACAUUUACACGAAGCUCAGAAGAACAAACUGAUUUCUCGAAUGUUUCACUCUUACAACGCUGGAUCGGAGACUGAUGAGUUGGAUGACCUGGGAGACAGCACUGGAUUGGAUAGUGAUAAUAAGAUUUCUCCAUCUAAAACUCGUCGGACCACUAAACCUCGAUCAACAAAACUAGAAGGACCGAACAUUGUCUUCGAAUCCCGCAUCUCGGAAUUGGAAGCUCAAUUGACCCAAGCUAAAAUAGACCUUAAGAAAGUGCAGGAUGAAAACAAUGAAAAUAAACGCAAGCUCGCCAAUGGUCUUGUAGAUUCAACGUGUCUUGAUGGAUUCAAGAGACAAAUCGAUAAUUUGCAAAGAGACAAAUCUGCUCUAGAAUCUCAGAUAGCUAAGCUGAAACUGAGUUUAGAGCGUCAGGAUGGAGACGACAAAUACAAAAGAGGUUCAGAUGCUGUGGAGAACCAACUCAGAGAAGAGAGGAACAACUUGGAGAUGGAGAUACGACGACUUAAGGAUGAUUUAGCAAAGGAACGAUCUAAAGUGCGCGAGUUGGCUGGUGAGGGUACACGUAGAGCCAUACAAGAGAGAAGUGCUGCAGAACAACGUUAUAAUGCGCAUUUCGAUGAGCUACAGAACGAUCUGGCUGCGCAGUAUGACAAUGUAUCUAAAUUACAGCUGGAUUUAGAAAGGCAGCGGCGUGAAGAAAACGACCUCAAACGUGAACUGUCAAUGAAGAAUGCUGCUGUGGAGGAAUUGAAGAUGGAACUUAAGAAUAAAACAGCAUCUCUGCAAGCGGACUUAGCACAAGCUUAUGCGGAAAAAGCAUCGCUAGAAGAAGAGCUGGCAAGCGCUCGGCUUGCUAUUGAAAGACACCAGCGUCAAGCCAAGCAUGAGACUAAUCGCCUUAAUUCAGAAAUACAGUCGCUUCGUCAACGCUUAGAUCGGGCUGAUGCAGAUUUGGUCCAUUCGCGCCGAGAAAAUUUGCGUUUGUCGGAACAAAUCUCUACUCUAGAGAAGGAGUUGAACAUGAAGAACUUAACUCCGAUAUCACCUGAGAAAAAGAAAAAAGAAAAAGAACUUUCAUCAAUGCUAGAAUCCAUGGAGAAUAAGCAUGCUAAGACCGUGGCUGAGCUGGAGUCCAUGAUACAAUCACAAAACAGUCUGAUGGAGAAACUCACCAGCGAAUGUCGUUUGCUUACAGACAAGCUCGACGACGCAAAUCGUAGGCACAAGAAAGAACUGGCAACUCUGCAGCGUCAAGUAGAGCAUCUCGGCCGAUCCCUGCAGACUCCACCGCACCCACCUAGCAGUUAUCAAGCACCUACCUCGCACACACCCGCAGCCAACAGAAUACCACAUACCCAACCCGGUUCCGGACCAGACUAUACCAGAACUGAGUCCACCGGAGACACCGCAUUCAGAAACCACAGAGUCGAUACAAACGUCCAAAGAGACCACCAAGCUACAGGAGGUAUAACUCAAGGACACAUACAAGAAACCAGUGACCCUACAGACAAUUAUCAUACAGGAAAUCUGCCAAUAAAUCCACAAAAUUACAUCAGUCAAGAAGCACAUACAAUCGCAGAACCAAAUUACAACAAACAACAAGUCAAACCACAAAAAAAGUUGUCGAAACAAAAUUCAAGAGAGUCAAUUGGUAGAGAAGAAAAAGUUUUACGUAAACAACUUUCCAGAGAUGUGAUACCACCUGUACCACUUAAUAUGCAAACUAGUGAUACGGGACAUAUAGAUUCAAAUGUUAGAAGUCAAGAAUAUGAUACAAACGUCAAUACAGGAGGGAUUGUUGAACAUAUACAAGGUAAUGUAAAUGACAUGGAACAAGAACAAGUCGAGUAUAUUACUGAACAUAAACCAGUAGAAGAGGAACUUACACAACAGUAUGACAAUCAACAAUAUAGUGCAGAAGAUUAUCAGAAUUACGGUCCAAAUUAUGAACAACAACCAAAUUACGAACAGUCAGAUCCAAAUAAUGAACAACAACCAAAUUACGAACAGUCAGACCCAAAUUAUGAUCAACAGCAACCAAAUUACCAACAGCCAGAUCCAAAUUAUGAACAACAACCAAAUUACGAACAGUCAGAUCCAAAUUAUGAACAACAACAACCAAAUUACGAACAGCCAGAUCCAAAUUAUGAACAGCAACAACCAAAUUACGAACAACCAGAUCCAAAUUAUGAACAGCAGCAACCAAAUUACGAACAGCCAGAUCCAAAUUAUGAACAGCAACAAGCAAAUUACGAACAGCCAGAGCAAACUUAUGAACAACCACAAUACACUGAGCAAUAUGAAAAUUAUGAACAGUAUCCUCAACAAUAUGUAGAUCCAAAUGCUCAGUAUGAAGGUCAAUAUGAAAAUUAUCCUGCAGAUGGAACUUAUACUGAACAAGCUUAUGAUAAUACGCAAUAUAAUCCAGAAUAUACGGAACAGCAAUAUUCUGAAAACGUUCCUGAACAAGCAUUGCAAUCUACAGAUAAUGUUCAAACUACUAAAAUGCCACAAGAUUUACAAAAAAAAGAUAGUAAUGUCCAGCCAGCCAAAAUGCCACAAGAUUUACGAAAAAAAGAUAGUAAUGUCCAACCUAACAAAAUGCCACAAGAUUUACAAAAAAAGGAUAGUAAUGUCCAACCUACUAAAACGCCACAAGAUUUACAAAAAAAAGAUAGUACACCUAAAGAAAAAGUAGCUAGCCAAAGAUAGCGUUUAAAACUUAGUUAAGAAAUUCGUUUAUUUUACGUGCAAUAUUUUUGUUGAUCUUAGCUUUAGUUUUGUUGUGAGAUUUUAAACAUUUGCGAUUUCUUUAUUUAACUAGUUAAUUAAGUAAAGCUUUUGAUGUUAGAAAUACUUAUUACAAAAAAUUGAAAAGAUUAAUUUUAGUGUUUUUCCUUAUUUACAUAAAAAGAUCAUUUGACAUGGUACCUACUUCUUAGGUAUAGAAUACGUACCUAUUAUUUUUUCUAUAGUAGGUACUCUUAAAACUCUCCCGAGAAAACAUGAUAAGUCGUUAUUGUUUUAAAUGCUAAACUGAUCAUUUCAAUUUUCUGUAACAAAUAAAGAAUUUUUAUGCCAUACGUCGU